CGCUUGUUAAUCUGCGAGCCUCCGACAAACAUCUAAAGGCAAUGAACGAUCUUCACUGCAAACGCUUUUACCCAGGGGUCCCGAAAGUGCGGCUGCUGCAUGUAUCCAUUCAUGCAGAAAAGGACUUGGCACCAGUUUAAAUUCCCAUUCCCUGAUUCUUACCUAUGCUGUCCGUUCAGAAAUCUCAGCAAGUUUCUCUUCUCUUCCGUAGGUGAGUGUGGAUUCCCGAGGAAGUGGAGCGGGAAUUUACUAAAGUGCUAAAUGAAAGCGGAAUUAGGAUCGAUCGUCACCACGUUCUCUAAUGCCCACUUUGGUGGGGGGGAGGUCGUAAGGGGGAGACUUCUCCAAGAAACAUGGAAGUAUAUAUAGCUUCUGGGACACUGACGGCAGGACAGUGGCGAUCACAAACUCUGUGAGCUUCUUUAGUCCACGUGUCAUUUCAGUCUUGGACCAAAGGGGACCCCUAUUCAUGUAGCCUAAUUUUCAGAGCCUGACGUGCUUCUACGACUAUUCAAGUACAUAAAUGAAUGACAGCAGAAUCAAUGCAAGUCACUUUAGAUGCAUGUGGCUUCUAAGCAGAUGUUGAAGAACAUGGCUGAACAAGAAGGAAAGAAAAAAGGUGACUGCGUUUGAGGCUGCUGAUACCACCGAGCUGGACUGGAGAACUGAUGUUUCUGGUGGAAUAUUAAGAAGAAGAGCACAGGUGACGAUCCCGUGUUCGGGUCCGGACAAGCUUGCGUGGUUGCCAGGUGACCAUGGACUAGUAGGAGCUGCUCCACAGAAACCCUGAGAUGAACAGAUUUGCGACGUCAAUGAGAACAUUGCGAGUGACGCCGCCCUGCGUGGCAGGACCACAUUAUGGUGGCCCGAGGCACCCAGCUCACCGGCCGUGAGUGGCCUGUCCCCGAGGCUCCAAGAUGACAGCCGUGUGCCCGGGCAUGGCUCCCAAUGCCGGGGGUGGCACCCAGCGUUACGCCCGCUGGAGCCACCAGGACAGUUCGGACAUCUGCACGGAUGACGAGGGCGGCCCCCCGCGGCGACUCACACCCCUGGAGAAACUCAACCUGGACAUGUGCCAGGAUGACAAGGUGGUGCGCGAGCUGACGGUGGGCCGCCGCAUCGGCUUCUACAAGGUCCGCGGUGAGAUCGGCUGCGGGAACUUCUCUCAUGUCAAGAUGGGCAUCCACGCCCUCACCAAAGACAAAGUGGCGAUAAAGAUCCUGGACAAGACCAAACUGGACCAGAAGACGCAACGGCUGCUGUCCCGGGAGAUUUCCAGCAUGGAGAGGCUGCACCACCCCAACAUCAUCCGACUGUACGAGGUGGUGGAGACGCUCUCCCGCCUGCACCUAGUCAUGGAGUACGCUGCAGGAGGGGAACUCUACACCAAGAUCAGCCUGGACGGGAAGCUGUCUGACACUGACAGCAAGAUAGUCUUCUCCCAGAUCCUGUCUGCAGUGAAGCACAUGCAUGACAACAACAUCAUUCAUCGGGACCUUAAGGCAGAGAACGUGUUCUACACCUGCAGCACAUGCGUUAAGGUGGGCGACUUUGGCUUCAGCACCAUCAGCCGACGGGACGAGACCCUGAACACGUUCUGCGGCUCGCCUCCUUACGCCGCGCCGGAGCUCUUCCGUGACGAGCACUACGUGGGCAUUUAUGUGGAUGUAUGGGCGCUGGGCGUCCUGCUCUUCUUCAUUGUGACGGGCACCAUGCCGUUUCGUGCCGACACGGUAGCCAAGCUGAAGCGCUGCAUCCUGGAGGGCGCCUACAACAUCCCGCCCUGGGUGCCCGAGCCGUGCCAGCAGCUCAUCCGCGGGAUCUUGCAGCCGCAGCCCUCGGACCGCUGGGGCGUGGAUCAGAUGAUGGGCUGCGAGUGGCUUCUGCCAGUGGACUUCCCCAGGGCCAUGGAACCCUUCCGGCUGAACCCCCUGCAUCUGACGGAGCUGGAACCCAGUGAGCUGGAGGAGGACGAGCUGGAGGUGAAGGCCACCCUGGAGGCACUGGGCAUCACGACGGAGCACAUCCGCAAUAACCAGGGCAAGGACUGUCGCAGCUCAAUCACCGGCAUCUACCGUAUCCUGCUGCACCGUGCGCACCGCCGGCGAGCCAUGGAAAGCAUGCCCGUGGUCACGCGCGUUCCCGCCGACUCCAAGAAGGAGCGUCUACACGCCUACCGGAGCCUGCGGCACACUUCAAAGCUCUGCGUGAUCCUGUGACGGAUUCCCAACAGCAUCACAGACAGACAGAGAUUUGCAGCACCAGCCUGCAGACAUUCAGCAGACUGUCUGUCCGUAUUUUAUUACGUCAUUGUCACAGUUAAUAUAUUAAUAUAUUUUUUUGAAUUUUGUUUUGAAAAGAAAUCUGAUAAUGAAGGAUUUUGAUACAAUAUAAUGUGACAUAACUACAAAUGUUCCUCGCCCAAAACUCUAGAAAAAGACUUUUAGUUGCUGUGGUAAUGAAUCAUGACUAUUACUGUUAAAAGCAAAUUAAUUAACAUGUUCCCCUUUCAUGUUGAAGCUUAUUCCUACACAAUAUAUUGGACAAAGAAGAACUAAUUUUCCAAGUACCAUUACAAUUAUAAACAACUAUAUUAAAUUGAUGAUUUUUUAACAUGACGUCAAAAUGAUAUAGUUGCCAAUGCUGAAAUAGCUCAUUGACCUUUUCUGUUAGGUCCUUUCAAUGGGACCACUGUGUUCCCAAGUUAUUAUGAAGCAUGAAAUCAACUCUUUAGGCUGUAGCAAUGUACCUUGGUUUCUGCCGACUGCAGUUAUCCCACAAACUUAAGUCCCAAACGUUUCAGCAUGCGAAUACGGCACUUUGCCAAAAUUGGAGAUUCAAACGGUGCUUAGUAUGCCUUGUUUUUGUAUGAAUUACUGCAGUAGGUAGUGCAAUGUACUUGGGAAACUCUGAAACUGUACUGGAAGUAAUUCAUUACACUUUUAAAACAUUUUAAAUGUUCAAAUAUUUACCGGCUUCCAAGGGAAAUGCACAGAAAAACGUUCAUCAUGUAUCACCCUUGUUACGUUGCUACGGAGGUCAAGUGAGGUUUAUCUUCUAAAUAAACACAACUGGAAGUAAAACAAGAACAAAUGUGUUUUAUCUUAACUUUUCUGACAGAAUAUCCAAUUUUGUAAAUGACAAUGUAUAAGAGCUGGGUAAAGCUGUUAACCAUGUAAUUUAGGGAACGGCAACUUCUCAAGCAUUUCGAUGGACUACAAGUCCCAAACGAA